CACCGCACUCUCGUUGUUGGCUGUGUAGUGCGUAGAGAAACUCUCGCACUCUCUGAGAGAAUUCACUGGGAAAUACGCCGCGAAACAAACGGACACUUGUUCGGUCUCAUACCACUGAAUUCUGAGGAGUCAAAGAUGAUUUCUGCUAGGAUUAUGUAGUAGCGUCGGUCUUCUCACGGUGAACAUCGUUGGUUCUGAGGAGAACACAUAGUUUCAGGACACUUGAAAGAGUCCUAGUUCUUUGAUUAGUUUGUAGAUAACUGUUAUCUACUUCACGCGCAGCAGUGAAUACGGACGAGCGCGCGCAGAGCGGACACUCUUCACAUGCUGAGCCAUGGAGACGCUAACUGCAGCGAAACUUCACACCUGCCUGCCAAUAUUCACAUUUCUCUGCUGUAUUUCAGGUGACCUGGCCCAACUUGUGCUGCCUUAUAAAAACGUAGAAGUGAUCCAAGGGAAGAUGGUAGUGCUGCAGGCUUCUUUCACUGGUGCUGAGAUACAGAAGAACACGGUCGUCUGGAACUACAUGUCCACCAGCACAGAAAUGAUCAUCUCAUACGUCAGUGGAGAGUUAAGUCAUAGCACUUCCCAGUUUGCAGGUCGAGUUGGUUUUGUCCAUCAAAUGCCCAACACCAACCUAUCCCUGUUCAUUAACAAUACCAAAGCAUCGGACUCAGGGAAGUACAUGUGCCAGGUCAUGAUCCCUGGGGCCACAGGACCCACCGGAGAGCUAAUGCUUAAUGUUAAAGUUCCUCCUUCAGUGCCGGUGUGUCAAGUUAAAGAAAAGCCUGUUCUUAAAGGAAACAUAACUCUGGCCUGUAACUCUAAUGAUGGUAAACCGUCCCCCAAAUAUAAGUGGACCAAGACGAGCCCUACCUCAGAAGUCUUUUUCUCUCCCGCACUAAAUGAAACGGCAGGAACUUUAAAGCUGAACAAUCUGAGCAGUAAUAUGUCAGGAAAAUACGUGUGCACUUCAUCCAACUCUGCAGGAGAGGAGACUUGUUACAUCAACCUGGAGGUCAUCACAUCAACUAAUGCUGGGAUGAUCGCUGGUGUUACGGUUGGUUGUAUUGUGGCUCUCAUUCUGAUCAUUCUCUUCCUCUUCUUCAUGUGGACAAGACGGAAAGAGACAGAGGAGGAUUUGGCCAAUGAAAUCAAGGAGGAUGCUCAGGCGCCCAAACGCGUCUCAUGGGCCAAGAGUGGCACUGGAUCUGACAUCAUCUCUAAAAACGGCACCCUGUCCUCCAUUCAGACCAGCUCUUACCCACGAGACCCGCACAAUCACCACCAUUACCCUCACUCCGACACUGCAUCCAUCACCACGGCCACUGGCAGCAUAGCCGCCUACCGCGCACAGCCUCCGGCAGACGCCAACCUGGAGCGCACGUUGCCGGGCUACAACACCAACCCUACCCUGCCCCGCGGGCCAUUGGGACCCCCUAGCACCAACGGAGGCUCCCAUCAUACCUCACUGCCCCGGACAGCCUCUGCUCAGCCUCAGAUUCCACGUCCGCCAGUGCUGCCCACCACCGUAACUGCGGCCAAUAUCUCCCGCAUGGGAGGGGUACCCAUUAUGGUGCCGGCGCAAAACCAGGCCGGCUCUCUGGUGUAAGACCAAUCCCUUCUGCUGAAGAGAGAAGGAGGACCUCACAUCUGCGGACCUACAAACUGAAGCACAUUAAAAAGGAUGGACUGGAACCAAUAAGCUUUUUGCCUCUGUAUGGAAACAGCAUGGUGUAAUUUUCUUUAUUUACAUUUUUUAUUUUAUUUUUUAUAUAUAAGUAACGUAAACAAACAAAUAUAAAAAUGCUCAUUGUAUUGUUUUAUAAAUUCAUCGUUUUUUUACUGUUCAAAGUAUUACUGAAAAGCCUCUCCUUUCUGUAAAGUGGAACUUGUUAAACGGUAAACAAAAAGACACUGAGAUGUUUGCAUUAUUCGCAUUUCUUUUCAUGAAAAACAUUUUAUUUUUAUGUUCUUGUUACUGUUUUGCUGAUUGUUCUUUUGCAAACUAAAGAUGCUAACUUGCCUUGAUGAAAACAAAUGAAAGGUCUAUUCGACGUUAUUUACAGACACUCCUCAUUGAUAAUUACGUUUACACACGAUCAAUAGCAUAUGUUUCAUAGCCGCAUUGGUUAAAGAAAAUGUCGAGGACCUCACUUAAAGUGGCAUCAUAUUAAGUUGCAAUAUUUGCCUUUAAAUGUUUUUUGGCCAAAUAUAUUUCAAAACGAACCCGUGUUGUUAUCUCUUAGAGAUAUAUGGUAGCAUUUUUCAAUUUAGAAGUGUAAAAUUUGGCGGUAUCUUAAUCUAUAUUGUGGUUUUGUACCCCAUGAUUCUAUUUUACAACUUCGAUAAUGUAUUGUAUUGAUGUAAACAAUAAUUAAAAACAUUCAUUCCUUUACCUUACUGUAAAUAAGGUAUUUAUUUCUCAUUCUAGGUCUGUGGUUAUUUAAUGGCAGCAAAUAAGUUUAUGAUUUAUCUGGUAUACUGGAUACAAAACCAAAGAUUUCCUGUUCAGUGGUUGUAGAUGUGGAAGUAAAAGGGGUUGUGAAUGGCAGUUCAUGUCAACUUUAUAGGAGACAAUGAAUCACAAUAGCGUGUCUGUAAAUAUGGCAAAAUUCAUGUUAUAUAUAUUUUUUAAUUUACCA